AUGGGACAGCUGUCCAAUUAUGGCUCGAUCUUGUUAAUACUUAUUACUGACUGUCUAUUGCUUUGGUUCCCGUCGCCGUCGCCGUCACCAUUGUUCUUUCGUAAGGUACCUAAUAAGAUGGCGAAGGCGUGACUAGUGCACCUUUCGCUUGACGAAAAUUUUGGUGCAAAGCUUCUCUUUUCUUGCGUACAGUGUUUUAGACCCAGAGAUUUCUAAAGGGCCUCGCGAUAGUGCAGCGUUAACAAUGCGCAGGUGUUCUUUUGAAAAUGCACUCCCUUCGAUUUUUUCUGGCACCAAUCCUAAACACCACCCUAACCACGCCAUCUGUAAACUCCUAUCCAUCCAAUUUAAGUGGGAGGUGUAAAUAGAGUCAUGAGGCAGGGAAUCCCCUGCAAAUUCAUAACAAGCAUUUUUAAGAGCCCCACUUUUAUUCCAAGUAUUUAUCACAAGAGUAUAUUUGACCUCCUCAAAAAACAAUCACUGGAGCCAAUGUGCAGUGUUAAAUUCUUGGUCAAUCAGGAAAAAUAAGGUUGGUCUACAAUGGAAAUAACACGGAGGAUAACUUCAGGGAAGAAAAUAAAAAUCUGCUGACAUUUCAGGUCGACAACACUGCUGAGAUUGAUGGACAAGGGAGUGAAGUUGGUAAAACCGGUACGAAGAAACACGUCCUUAACUCCUUAGCGUCGCAGCAAUUUACUUUCUCAAAGGUUGAUAACGUUUCAUAUUAUCAAGGCAUCGACGUUAUCACAAGUGUCAAUCUAUCGGUGUUUCUAUCUGGACCACAGGCCACCCUUGACACCAUGGUGUUACUGUUUCUUCAAGAGGGGAAUGUCACCUUUGGUAAUGAAUCGCUUGCAGUGUUCAAGGGAACCUUCGUGAUUAACAUCAAUGUUUAACUUAGUUUACUUGGCGAUCACCAUGAAAUAGCCAUUCAUAACCCAAAACAAUAAAAAACCGCUUUGACAGUUAGAAAGUUAGAAAAUAAUCUCUUUCAAUCCUCUUUCAAAGAAAAUUUGAGCUAAUUUAAUAUCAUAAACACCGUAGGAAAAGAUACCAACGUGUUCCAGAAGUACUGGUAUUAGAUUCGUACCAUAGAUGCAGCACCUGAGGAUUUAUUGGAAGCUAAUGGCGUGGAGAAAGACGGGAUUACUCGCAAUAAAGAAGAGGCUGUAAAUGAUAAUCUUCCUACAGCUUUUCACAUCGAUCAUAAAGUGAACUAUUUACUUUUAAAGAUAAAAUAUCUGAUGAAUCAAAUCUUUUAACGUUUAUUUUCGAAUAGUCGUAUUAUCUUGGUACCUUGUUGCCCUUGUGAUGGCAAAUAUAACUUUGACCUCGUUUAUAUGGAUAAAACUUGUCACAGGUAAAUCAUAAAAGGGUCAAUAGCCUACCCGAUCUACCCCGGGCAAGCCAAUGUUUCUUACAUUUGACAAUAAACCUUAGCAAACCGUUGACAAGAGAAGCAAAAGGUUGACUCGGCUAGAAGGGUGAUCAGCCGGGUCAAACCCUUUUCUGAUGGUAGGGUUACCCUCGCCGCACCCUCCUAUUCGAGAACGUUUUCUCCAUAUAAACACUUGCUCGGCUACUUUUUGGCACUCUUCUCGUAUUUCGAGCAACUUUUUGCAUUCAGGCUGAGCAAUUCCUCUAGUUAUCUUCUAAUUCUGGGUUAUCGGAGCAGCUUUCAGUGCUUAAAUAGGCCUUUCUUCCAUAUUUCACGAUGUUUAGUAGACAAUUUAUGAAUUUCCUGUCAAACAAAAAAUAAAAAAUGAGCCAAAUCCUACCCCCUGAGAUCAUGGGCGCAAGAUAAAAGUAGCCGGCCUACUAGGUCAGCGGUUUUUAUGAAAAUUCAAAAUGUGGACGAAGACUCACACUCGACUGACUUGAGUGCCUCGGCCCUUGGAUGUACGUGAAGAAGGUUACUCAACAAUUUUAUUGGCUCAGUUGGUUUCUAUUGAGGACAAAGUUAUUUAGCAACGCUGGUCACGCCGCAAAAUUGCACAAAAAUGCUUAGAAAUCUUACUUUUUUUGUACAAUUUGCAUAUUUUAGCAUCAGACCAAAAAAAUGUUUUGUUUUUUCGAGCACCUUUUAAGCAAAUCUCGUUACAAAAAGCAACUUUGAAUGGUUUUGUGAAAAACGUUUGAGCAACGUUUUGAGAUAUUCUUGGAAACAUUUUGGAAAAUCUCGAGCAACUUGUGAAAAGCCCUACUUUGGCUCGCGCAGCCUGGUGAAGUCGGUUAAGACGAGACAAUCGAUAUCACAGCUUGCACGAGCGUUUUUUAAACAAUCAGAGCGCUAUUGGGUCUGGGAAAGGGGUCAGUUUUUACUUUUUUCUCAUAUAAACACUCGCUAUACAGUUGAUUCCGCUUGGAGGGUCAUCCUCUUUCCCGGGGUAACUUUUCUUCACAUAAACGGUGCCUAAUGUUCUCCAUAGAUUGAGGAUUGGGAAUUCUGUGAUGAAGAACUGAACAACUGCCGAAAGGGUCAAAGAAAGGAAACUGGUGCAUUUAUUGAUCUUACACUUGCAAUCAAAAGUAAGGGAACUCCCAGGAAAUUGACCCUACAAGAGCGUGACAAAUCAGGAAAAAAGCCUUUUUAAUUGUUACAAGAAGGAUAAUACAGAAUGCCCUGAGAGUUAUGACAUGGGCGGAGGGACCGAAUUUCUGCUUAACUAAGAGGUACGAUAACUCCAUCUGGUAAUAUUUGCUUGUCACGGUUGUAUUGAUUCUAAAUAGUUCCAAUGCAAAAGUCCCAACGCGGUGUUAUCUAGCGUUUUAUUCUCAUCUUCAAAGUUAAAGUUGUGUGUUUAUUAUCAUAUAUGAAGGAAGUUAAUCUCAUUUUUUAACUCCGCGCCCGUAUUUCAAAUGUAUUUACCAUCUCUCUCUAAUUGAAGGGUACAACACUGGGGUCAGCACUCACCGUCCGCAUCAGAGAAGUGUCUCACUUAUUUAGAGUAGGGACCAACUCUAAAUUAAAUGUCUGUGCGGUUACAAAGUAGUAUUUCCUUAUGCAUUCAUUGUUCGCGAAGACCGUGAGAUUUUGGUGAAUUUUACUUAUACCUUUUUAUAUUCGCCCCAUGUAAAGUAAUUCAAGACAUUCUUGGAUUUUAGAUUCCACAAGGCUACUGGAUUCCAGCCAGAUUCUGUUUCAGUGGAACUUGAAUUCCGCAUUCUAAUCGUUAGCGAGAUUCCAGUUUCCUAGAGCUGAAUUGCGAAUUCCAAAGCUCAUGAUUCCUCGAAUUCCACUAGCAAAAAUUUCCUGGAUUCGGCCUUACUAGUACUUAACUGGGACGAUAAUAUUUUAACUUUGUUUUCGCACAGGUUUUGCUUGACGGCGAAUCUGUAGAUAUGCCUGAUCUAUUCCCUAAAUUUAAGAUGCAAUUAGCAAGAAGCUGUUCAUCUUCCGUAUUCCCAGGUUUAACAACACGGUUUUAAUUGACCCAGCUGCCAACAUAGAUGGGGUAGCGGGAAAGCCCAUCACUUCUGGAGGUGAUAGUAGCAAUGGUGGCGGAGGCGUUGAAAGCAGCAUGAAACCUGAGGAAGGAAGGAACAACGACCCAACUACCAACAUGGAUGGAGUAGCGGGAGAACCCAUCACUUCUGGAGGUGAUAGUGGCAAUGGUGGUGGAGGCGUUGAAAGCAGUAUGAAACCUGAUGAAGAAAAGAACAACGACCCAACUGACAACAUGGAUGGAGUAGCGGGAGAGCCCAUCACUUCUGGAGGUGAUAGUGGCAAUGGCUGCGGAAGCGAACUAGCCCGGCAGUAAAAAUGGUUUGUUCGGGAAAGAGCGUUUGAACUCCUGCUUUCCGAUUUACUUUUUCCUGGUGUAUUUCACGCCUUUCGUUUGCAUAGCAAUUAAAAAAGAUAAUAUCGGUUCUUUAAUUAGAUUUGAUAAGAAUAGAAUAAGUUGAAAGCUUCUUUCUUCUCCCGAUCCAGCGCUUGGCCGCGCCCCUUACAAUCUUCGCGCAGUGUAGAGGAGAAAGCCCAUACCUAUUCUUAUGAUUCGAAUUGACUUUUAAUGACAAAAAAGGUCAUGUCAAAAUUAACAAUAUACCCUACUCUACUGGCAAGCGAAAAGAGGUAAUUAGAUAAAGGUGUGUGUUUUCCAUAAGAUUCUACGAAGAAGAAAGAAGGACGCCCGUAAUGGCAACAAUUAAAGGCGCUUUUUUGUACCUAGAAAAGCAGUGCAGUAUUAACAUGAAGCUUCUACCAGUAUUGAUACUCCCCCUUGGGGGAUGGGAUGUAUGUUAUUGCAUCGCAGUAGUAUCUCGUCGGACUGUCGAGACCGUUUUUUUGGUCUAAAUGAGUGACCUUACCUACAGAUGAGAACUUAGGAGUGUUAACCGCUCGGCUAUCAUGCUUCGAUUCCACAGUGUGGCACUUAAAAGGAACGUGUCAUAGAAUGACGGAGGAGGAGACCAUGGAGAAAGUAAAGAGAGUGGGGGCAGCCCACAGUGGAGGAAAAAAAAGAAAUCGAAGCAGAGGAACCAGACGUGGAGGGUGCCGAUGA